UCUGUCGCUCUCGCACGCUCGCACUGUAGCGGAGACGCUGUCAUUUUUGACGUAUCUCCAUCUGACACCGAUGUAAAAGAAAAAUACAUUUCCGAGUAGAAUUUACAAUCGUUCAUACAGACGCUCCCGGUAAAUGUAAUUAUUCCCCCUUAUUUUUUCUUAAAAGUACAGUGGAGGACACUAUAUAAAGUCGCGCUGUUUUUCAACGGCCUUUCAUAAAGACGAUCGUCUAUCGAAAAGUCAUCGUCUCCUCGUUGUGAUCAGGAUCAACAUCACUCGUACAAUACGUACAUACGUCGGACUGUGAAGACCGUCGGAACUUAUUCACGACUUAAAACGCACGAUCUGAGAAAACUUGAACUUUAAUAUUACAAUGACUUUCAUUCAACAACCAAACUUGUUCAAACCAUCAUUUGUCAAACUGAUAGUUGUGGUAAAAUAGUUUUCUCUGGUGACACUUCGGGCUGAAGGCAUUGCGCCCCUGGAAGAGGAACGAGUAAAUACUUAAAAUAAUCAAGAAGUCGCUAAUAUGAUCAAUGAAUCAUAUAGAUUUUUGUCAGUAACAACGCAAGUUCUUCGAUAAUUCGUUAAAAAAGAAACUGAGAUCGUCGAUAUUUUUGAAAAUUUAAAACUUCAGCGUUAAUGGUGAAAACUUAAAAUCUCAACGCUGAAAUGAUCUCAGAGAAAGGAGGUUGAGAAACGUUUAACUCCGUCAGUUGAAUAAUACGUGAGGAGGUUGACGACUGGGAUGAUGCGUGUCGGAAAUCCGUAAGAACCAUCUCUUAGGAAUCUGAAGUGAGGGUUGAUAAUACAGUGGUGUUUUUUUUAUUAAAUCCUAUCGAGUGGACCUGUGGAGAUUCAUAGCCGGGUUUCGGACUGAGAGGAAGAGACAAGGGUGUUAACAAGGUAUGCUUCGUGGGAAAUCCAUCUUUUAAUCGGUGAAGAUCAGGCACCUGAAUUCGGGGCUCAUGCUAUAGUUGUAACUCUCUCAUAAAGUACUAUCAAGUGGACUCGCAUCUCUAUAUUCUGUGCAAAUUCGGAGAAUUGAAUGCUCUUGUGGAAGCCUGGAAUGAAACUUUUUCAUUGAAUCCUGUCGAGUGGACCUGUGGAGAUUCAAAGCCGGGUUUUGGAAUGCGAGGAAGAAACUAGGGUGUUAACAAGGUAUGAUUCGUGGGAAAUCCAUCCUCUAAUCGGUGCCUGAAGUGGGGGCUCAUUAUAUAGUUGUAACCCUUUCAUAAAGUACUAUCAAGUGGACUCGCAUCUCUAUAUUCUGUGCAAAUCCGGAGAAUUGAAUGCUCCUGUGGAACCCUGGAAUGAAACUUUUUCAUUGAAUCCUGUCAAGUGGACCUGUAGAGAUUCAUAGCGAGGUUUUGGAAUGCGAGGAAGAAACUAGGGUGUUAACAAGGUAUGAUCCGUGGGAAAUCCGGGAGAAGCACUUGCUAGUGGUUGAAGUGCGGGCGCGAGUGGAGAUGGGGAACACAGGGACGACGCGACGGAACUCGCUGUUCACGAAGCAGGACUCGAGCAGCAGCGAAGUGGGCUCGACCCCGGGCGGCGGGGGUGGCCGGAAAAUGACCAUCACGAGCCGGCAGAGCACGCUCAAGGAGGAGGAGAACGAGCUCGGGCCGCCGCCGAAACCGCUCACCGACGCGCAGAAGAGCAUGCUCGUCGACACCUGGAAGGCACUCGAGAACGACAUCGCCAAAGUCGGGGUCAUCACUUUUAUAAGUUUGUUCGAAACGCACCCAGAUGUUCAACAAGUUUUUAUGCCAUUUAAUGGAAUUGAACUGGAAGACUUAAAACACAGUAAACAGCUACGAGCUCACGCUCUCAGAGUUAUGGCGUUUGUUCAGAAAGCCAUUGCGAGAAUCAAUGAGCCAGAGAAGCUGGAUACAUUAUUGAAGGACUUGGGACGGAAACACUACUCGUAUGGCGCAAAAGUAAAAUAUGUGGAUUUGAUCGGUCCUCAAUUCAUUCAAGCGAUUCAGCCGUCUUUGAAGGAUCGUUGGAACGAGGAGCUGCACCAAGCCUGGGCCUGCCUGUUCCAGUUCAUGGCCUACAUCAUGAAAAACGCCAUGCUUCAGGAGGAGGCCGCCCAGAAAUCAUAACCGAUUGCUCGUGCCAGUAGCUUUGAGCUCGAGACCGCCAUCGCAGCUUAUCAAUUCGUCCCUUGGCUGAAAAAGGACGUAACUAUAGCAUUGAGUUAUUUGGACUACCGGAUUCAUUACGAAAUGUACUUACGUCCUCUUAUCAGGAAGGCGACUAAUUCUACGAUAUUAUUACCUUACCUAUUUGUAUAUUGUUUAAUGGUUCCCGGUCCUCCGAGAACAUCUUUGUAGGGGUCAGCGAUAAAAUAUGUCCGAUCCAAAAUUCAGUCUGAGCGAAGACCAGGGAUGCUGUGUACCAGUGUUCGAAACUCACCUUUGAGUUUUAGGAGCCACGCAGCGCAUCAAACCCAAUUUGUAGGCGCCACUGAAGAUUUUUUAGGGGCCAAAUUGACUUUUUGCCAAUAUAUUACGGCACAUUUAGUGAAAAUAUAGACGCAAGAUGUUUUCGUAACAGAACUAGUAAGUAGUUGUAACUUGGGGACAGAGAUAAGGGGAAGACAACAAGGGGCGCAAAUGAUGAAAUCGUGAAGAAUAGAAAAAGCUUUCACUUGUGGUGCUGAAAAUUUCGAAUAAUCACCAAAUAUGAAAAUUCAGAUGUUUAGAGGGCAAUUUUUAGGGGCCACGUUGGCGCAGAGCCUUCAUUUUUCAGGCGCCAUGGCCGAAUUCUUAAGCGCAUUUGGCGCGUCGGCGCCUGUGAGUUUCGAACACUGCUUUGUACACAGGAUGUCCAAGUUGAAUGGCGGAAAUUUCAGGAAUCGAUUCAUUAGACCGAAAUGAGACUCAUUGGGUUCGAUGACAUUUUUCCGUUUUAGACAUUUUAAGGAGGGAUACAGUCCAAGGCAGUGGCGUGGCGUAAAGGAUCGAUUAUCGAUAUUUCUCCAUUUGAAGCUGUAGUAAAGAAUCGAUUAUCAAGGUGUUCGUUGUAAACACCUUGAUAAUCGAUCUUUUUUCAUAGAUUUAAAUGGCAGAUCAAUCGAUGUAUCGCAAAGCACGCCACGCCGCUAGAAGCGGGCCCUAAACCUCGAAUAUUUUCAGUUUUUAUUUUUCUGGUCACCAGAAAUGGGUGAAGCGUAUACGAAUACCAUGCACCCCCGGCCCAAAACUUGAUGUAAUUUCUUUGAUAUCAGUGUGCCUGUGGCUAUACAAUUUCAAAUCAGUUUUUUUGGAGAAACUUUAAGGGGCCAUAUCCCCUCUUAAAAUGGCUCAAACGAAAAAAUGCAAUGGCACAUAUAAGUCAUAAUUCGGUCAGCAGAAUAUAUACCCAGAGUUUUCAACCCUCGAUUCAGGAUACUGGAAGUCUGGCAAAGUUUGAGAGUCACACCCUACUUUAUAAUCUGCGUAAAAAAUGUGCUUAUUUUGGAGCCUCUCGUUUUACAAGUGACUGGGUGGGAGUAAUUUUCCUCGUUGCCAUUUUAAAUAGGAUUCAUUAAUCAAGUGCUUAAAUUGUAAAUAUCUACUUGGCAAAUUUAAGAUCUAUAGGAUUCGCCACGCGAACUUAAACUAAGCUUGUCAAGGAGAGCAUUGAAUGAUAGUUUGACUAAUAAUGACCAAACACUAUACUUCUGAAAAAAUAAGCCAAAUCGAUGUAAUUAGCUUCCAAAAAUGAAUUGCUGAGUUCUAGAGCUCUUUGGUUCAUGUACACGCAUGAAGGUUAUAUGUAUAAACAGUUUAAUGUUUACACAAAGCGCUGAUUCAUAUUGCGAAGAAGCAAAAAAGUUGAACCUAAUUUUAAGACUAUCAUUGGAAGAGGGUUACACGCGUAUCAAGAAGGUGAAAUAAAGUAAGGACAGUUUUAAAGCGAAUUAUGGUUUAUAGGUAACCGGGAUUGAAUAUAGUUAUUAGUUCAUAAUUGAUACUGUUUUUUUUAUUGCUGGUGUUGAUGUGAUUAUGUGUUAUCAUCUUCUUAGUUAUGCCAUUGAAAUAAAUCUUUAUUAGUUCGUUUUUCUCCA